UCCAAUCAGUUGAUCAUUCAUUCUAGCUUACACGACAAAAGUUGAAAUAAUGUGGCACGGAUCUCAUGGAAUCUAAAUGAUACAAAACGUAUACUUUAUUAUUAUCCAAUGCCCUAUAUAUAUUGCGCUAGAAAAUUCAAUUAACUAUGCAUCGAUUAUUAAUGAUUUUAAUUACAGUGGGCUACUGAUAUUUAUAAGUGUGCAUACUGGACCGGUACUGUCUAUACACUGUUCUUAUAAAAAGGAAAAGUUUGAAGUAUAGAACUUCGGACAAUUUAAUGGUCUUUAUACAGAUAGAUUAUAACUAGUUUUUCUGAUGCAUUGACUAAUUUCCUUUUUUUGAUUUUUUUAAAGCUUUAGAAAAUUAAUAAUGCUACGUAAUAAACAAGGUGAACUGCCUAGCGAACUACGAUCGUAUUCGGCGAUGGAACUUGUAUCAUCAUGCGUGAAAAACUUCAAUAGUGAGAAGCCUAAAGAUUUGAUUAAAGAUCUCAAUUUGAAAACAUCCCAAUUGGCAUUUGAUAUUGUAUUCAAGUCUCCUGAUGGCAUCAUGGAUACAUUAGAAACUGUAUUAACAUCUACGUUUGUACGGUAUCCAUUUGAUGAAAACGACAAAUUUUAUGAUAUUGAUGUAACAGACUUAAAUUUCCCAUUGUGUCAUAGUCCUUCUAUGCUUAAAACAAUCAGUGAUUUACUCGGGCUUAGUGAAAAUGAUGAAGGGACGGAAUUUAUUCAAAAUGGUAUUAUUGCAAAUGACAACGGAACUGGCGACAGUUAUACGAAUGAAGAAAUAGCACAGGCAACAUGUGAAUUGAGAACACAAUGUUUACCAAUGAUACGGUCACAUAAUGAAAAAGGUACAAGUAACAAAAACGAAAGUCAUGACAAUGGAUUACAAGAUAGUAUCCCAUUGUCAAAAUCUGUGGGUGUUACCAACACUCCACCAAAUAAGUUGCAAAUUGUACAUCCAUUAGAAGAAACAUAUCGAUCACGUUAUAAAAGUGAUUAUUUUCCACAACAUGGUCAAGUUAGAAAACCACGUUAUGUAGCAGAUAGUGUCGGAAAUCAUUUCGUCUCGAUAAAAAUGCCUGUAGAUUAUAUAAACGAACUUUCAAAUAAAUAUAUUCGUGUAGCAUGGUUAACUGGACUUGUUAAUGACCAGCAUUAUUACAGUCCUUAUAAAUUUCAAAUUAAUAACAACAAUCCAAAGGUUCUAGAUGAAAAUCCCAUAUACCUACCGGUUACCAUAAAUGCAUCGGACGAUUAUGUAAUGAAGUUACAUUUGGUUUUGAUCAAAUCAAAGUUGGAUCAACUGAGACAAGCACAACCAUUAAAACUAUUUAUCCCGUCAGAUUGUGAGAAUGUGAUGUCGAAACCGUUAAAUCCUAAAAAGCUGAUCGAAACAUAUAAAUUGGAAAAAUCUCAUCUGGCCUUUACGUUAUGCACGAAACAAGCCGAUAACAUCUAUAUUACACAUUCAGAAACAACAGUUAUUUCGAGAUUAAUGACAGAAGGUGUACUAAAGUCGUCAACUAAACAAACGUAUCAGUUCACAUGUCCUCAUUGCACUCACUGUUUUGCUUUAUCAUCAUCGACAUCUGCUCAAAGCGAAACUACUAAUUCAUCAACUAAACGUAAAACAGACGAUCGGACACCGUCAAUCAAGAAGUAUGAUCAAACCGAUCAGUUCAACGAUAUUGUUGGUGAGACAGGUGUUCAGAAUACAGAUGAUUUAAUAGCAACAAAUAGUGAAUUUAAUCUAAAUAAUGUUGUUAUACAACAGAGUCAAGAAAUAGUUCAAGACUAUCAGAUAUUUAAAAAUUUUAAACUUGAAACGGUAGGAUCAAUAUUAUUAUCGGGAUCAGUUGCAAUUAUACCAAUUUCAUCUGAUCAACUACAACUUGUACAUCCAUUGGAAGAAACAUAUCGAUCACGUUAUAAAAGUGAUUAUUUUCCAGAAAAUGGUCAAGUUAGAAAACCACGUUAUGUAACAGAUAGUGUCAGAAAUCAUUUCGUCUCGAUAAAAAUUCCUAGUAUUUAUUUUGAAAAUCAUUGUAAAAAAUAUAUUCGAGUAGAUUGGAUUACUACAUCGAAAGAUGGUCAACCAUAUUAUAUGCCUUAUAAAUUUCAAACCAACAAUGAUAAACGUGUUCUAGAUAUUAUACUUGGUAUUGAUAAAAUCCAAACAAGACGAAUUGAAAAAUGUUCCGGCAUUGACGCUGUUUGA